CCACGCCCCUAGGUCUAGCCCCAGUUCCGCCCCUCAGGUCGAGUCAUGCAAGUCCAGUCCAGGGUUCUGUUUCUUCUCUGUUUACUCCAAAUCAUGAAGAAACUAGGAUUUCUCAUCCACUUGCGGCUGGAACCAGCCUUGGCGCUCCUUCGCAUCCCGCUCCACCCCCUUCACCUCAAGUCCCGCUUCCCAGGCCCCGCCCCAUACGCCAUUUGCAGCGCUGAAAGAGGAGUCAGAAGUGUGCUUCUGCGCAUGCGCGAGUCGACAGCCGCGUCACCCUACGCCUCCGCCCGCGUCUGAGGAACAUUUUUGCCUCCGUCCGCUUCCUGUCCUGCCCUGCCCCGCCCCGCCCCGCCUGCUCCGGGUCGGGUCCGCGGGAGACCGAGGGCUGGGUUUGGGGAUCGGCGGUCUAAGGGCUGCCUCCCCGCCACUCCCUGUCCGGACCCCGCGCCCGGGGCCUCCCGCCGCCGCGGCGCCUCCUCAGAGAGCCCGGGUCAGCUGCCCCUGUGGCCGCGGCUGGUCCCAAACUCACUGAAUCGGGAACUCUGGUCUGGGUACAGAAAUCGGGGUGAUUCUGAUGCAGGCGAGAGUUGGAGAACCAAUGUCGUAGUUCAUCAGCCUCCGAAAGCAUCCUUUGCUCUCUUUCCAGAAAAGAAGAGCAUCUCUGCCAUUCGGGUCUCAAGGACAAGCGCCUCAGCCUCCUCUGUGAGCUGAUCUGUGGAUCGCGGCGUGUCGGGUGACAUGGAGGAAGAAAGAAAAACUGCUGAGUUACAGAAAAAUAGGAUACAGGACUCAGUAGUCUUUGAGGAUGUGGCUGUGGACUUUACCCAGGAGGAAUGGGCUUUGCUGGAUCUUGCUCAGAGGAACCUCUACAGAGAUGUGAUGCUGGAAAACUUCCAGAACCUGGCCUCACUAGGGUAUCCGCUACACACACCCCAUCUGAUCUCCCAGUGGGAACAAGAGGAGGACCUGCAGACAGUGAAGAGAGAACUUAUCCAGGGCAUCUUUAUGGGAGAGCACCAGGAAGGUUUUGAGGCUCAACUUAAAACUAAUGAAUCAGUUGCUUCACAAGAUAUUUGUGGAGAAAAAAUAUCCAAUGAACAGAAAAUAGUAAGAUUCAAAAGGAAUGAUUCCUGGUUCUCCAGUUUACAUGAAAACCAGGAGUCCUGUGGUAUUGAUUAUCAGAACAAAAGCCAUGAGAGACAUUUGAGAAAUCAUAUGGUAGAGAACAUCUAUGAAUGUUAUGAAGAAAAUCAAGAUGGACAGACUUUCAGCCAAGUUCCAAAUCUUGAUUCACUCAAGAGAAAUACUGAAGUAAAAUCCUGUGAAUGCCAUGAGUGUGGAAAGGCCUUCAUGGAUCAUUCAUCCCUUAAGAGUCACAUCAGGUCUCAUACUGGAAGCAAACCCUAUCAGUGCAAGGAAUGUGGGAAGGCCUUCCAUUUUCUUGCUUGUUUCAAGAAGCAUAUGAAAACCCCCACUGAAGAGAAGCCCUAUGAAUGUAAGGAAUGUACCAAAGCCUUCAGCUGUUCCUCAUUCUUUAGGGCACAUAUGAAGAUUCACAUCGGAAAGACAAACUAUGAAUGUAAAGAAUGUGGGAAAGGUUUUAGUUGUUCCUCAUCGCUCACAGAACACAAAAGAAUUCAUAGUGGAGAUAAGCCUUAUGAAUGUAAGGAAUGUGGGAAGGCCUUCAGUUGUUCCUCCUCACUCUCCAAACACAAAAGAAUUCACAGUGGAGAUAAGCCAUAUGAAUGUAAGGAAUGUGGGAAGGCCUUUAGCUCUUCCUCUCACCUUAUAAUACAUAUAAGAAUUCACACUGGAGAGAAGCCUUAUGAAUGUAAAGAGUGUGGGAAGGCCUUCAGCGAGUCCUCAAAACUCACUGUACAUGUGAGGACACAUACUGGAGAGAAACCCUAUAAAUGUAAGGAAUGUGGGAAAGCCUACAAUUGUCCCUCCUCCUUAAGUAUCCAUAUGAGAAAACACACUGGAGAAAAACCGUAUGAAUGUCUGGAAUGUGGAAAGGCCUUCUACCUUCCCACUUCCCUUAAUACACAUGUGAAAAAUCAAAGUCGAGAGAAACCCUAUGAAUGUAAGGAAUGUGGGAAGGCCUUUAGUUGUCCCUCGUCCUUUAGAGCACAUGUGAGAGAUCACACUGGAAAGAUACAGUAUGAAUGUAAGGAGUGUGGGAAGACCUUUAGUCGUUCCUCAUCCCUCACCGAACACCUAAGAACUCACAGCGGAGAGAAGCCGUAUGAAUGUAAAGAAUGUGGGAAAGCCUUUAUUAGUUCCUCCCACCUUACAGUACAUAUCAGAACUCACACUGGAGAGAAACCCUAUGAAUGUAAGAAAUGUGGGAAAGCCUUUAUUUAUCCCUCAGCCCUUAGGAUCCACAUGAGAACGCACACUGGGGAAAAACCCUAUGAAUGUAAGGAAUGUGGGAAAGCAUUUCGUCAUUCUUCAUACCUUACUGUACAUGCAAGAAUGCACACUGGAGAGAAACCCUUUGAAUGUCUGGAAUGUGGAAAAGCUUUCAGUUGUCCCUCAUCCUUUCGAAGGCAUGUGAGAAGCCACACUGGAGAGAAACCCUAUGAAUGUAAGGAAUGUGGGAAAGCCUUUGUUUGUCCUGCCUACUUUCGAAGGCAUGUAAAAACUCACCCUAGAGAAAACACAUAAAUGUAAGGAAUAUGGGAAUGUCUGCAAAGCUUCAGAUCCUAGGCAACAUGUGAGAUCUCAUACUGUGGAGACACCCUAUGAAUGUAAGAAAGUAGGAAAUUGUUGCUCAUCGUUUUGAAGAUUUGAGGACACUUUAGAGAAACCCUGUGUAUGUAAAUCAUGUGCUAAAGCCUUUAUGAACAUUGCUUAUUAUGUAUAAGAAAAUCUGUACUAGAAAUGAAGAUCAGUGCCUCAUCCUUAAAGUAGAAUGCUGGCUCGUUGAUUACCAGUGUUUUCUGAUAGGAACAUUGAAGGUGAUAAAUUUACCUUUUCAGCUCUAGCCACAUACUUUUUAGUAUGAGGUGCUUUAAUUUUGGUUCUGAUGUAAAUACGAUUUCCAUUACAAAAUCUUUUGGAUCAUGGAGGACACGAAAUAUUUUUUCUGUAUAGGCCGGAGUGGUCUUUUUUAAAAAAGUGGUUUCUAAUUAAUGUUCAUUGUUCUUUAAAUGGGUAGUCGUUAUAAUAUUGACACUGGUUUUUGUUGAUGUUUUGUUUUUAGUCUACAUGGCAGAUAAUGGAACUUGCCCACUCAAUAUUUUUCUUCCUAUUCUUUUUUACUAAGAGACGUUAGAGUUUCUGAGAUGAUCAAUUUUUACUCUUAAAAGCUUUUAUUGUCUAGUGAGUAAUUUCAGCAGAAAUUAAUUUAAUAUACUAUUUUUAUAUUUUAUUCUUUGUCCUUGCUCGUGGCUGGGAAUUGGAUCCAGUGUUUUGAGUGUGAAAAUUGUGUUACAUUAACUACGUUUCCCAGAAUCACUUUUUUCUCCAGUUCUAGGUUAGACUUGUCUAAAAUAAGAGUUUGUAUGAGAUUUGGAAGGCAUAAGGGAAGAAAAAGCUGUUAUGCUAUGUUUAGUGGGGCCAUCAGACAGAGAGACAGAUGUAUAAAGGCCUGGUGACCUCUAGUUUUCAGCUCAUUUUUCUGACUGUUGGACUCAUCGAUCAAUAUUUGCUCAAAACUGAAUGUUAUAGUUGGACGUGAUGGUGCAUACCUGUGGGUCCCAGCUACUCAGGGGGCUGAGGCUGGAGGAUCACUUGAGCCCAGGUGUUUGAGGCUGCAGUGAACUAUGAUCAUGCCACUGCACUCCAGCCUGAGUGAUAGAGUGAGACCCUUUCUCAAAAACAAAACAAAACGAAAUAAAAAACCAAACAUUAAAUGCUUGCUUGACUUCAGUGUCUUCCAAGGCAGCAUCUCUAAAGCUAUCACCAGAUACAGCUUCUUGGAUUUUCUAGCAAGCUCUGGCAUUGCCAUUUUGCUUAUGUUGCAGUCUUUCUUACACAGUCCAAUUGCAUCAUGUCGCGCUAUUCAUGGGGAAAAAUAUGUUUGCAAGUCUCAAAAGCAAGAGCUGUGGAGAGUGAGGGAAGUUACCCUUGGUAAUUGAGGUAAGCAUCCACAGGGUGUCAUCCUGUUUUAAUGGAGGAAGAUUUAUACUUGACACCUUUAAACAGGAAAGAUUUUACUGCUUUUUUUUUUUUAAUGUAAGAAGAUGAAUUGCUUCAGGUACCUUUAGCUACAGUAUUAUAUUUUCCCUUUAAAAGUAUAAUCUACUACUGUGAUAUUUCCCUCCUAUUAUAUUUUCUCUUUAAAAGUAUAACUCUACUAUUUCCCCAUAAUCACUUUUUAUUUUAUUAUAUUAUACAUAUACUAACAUGCAUGAAGGGUGCUAAUCUUCAGUGUACAGCUUAAUGACAUUUCAUGUAUGUAUAUGUCCUGGUAAACAGAACAUUUCCAAGACUUUAGGAAGUUCCUUCAUCCUCUUUCUCAGUGAUAAUUACUCCACAGGGCAACCACAAUUUUGACUCUUACUAUAAUUGACUUGGUGUGCUUGUUCUUGAUUUUAAUCUAAAUGUUAAAAUACAAUAUAUACAGUUAUGUGUUUUGACUUCUUUUGCUCAACAUAAUGUGUGGUUUGACUUUUAAUUGUUCUUUUGAUAGAUGUAUGGGCUUAUUUAUCUUGGUAUGUGCUAUAUGCUCAGGCAUGAAUUUACUGAAUCAUAGGGUAGACUUUAAGUUUAGUUUUGGUAGGUAUUGCAGUUUUCAAAAAAUAUUGAUUCCACUAAUAAUCCCCAAAACAAUGCAUGAAAGUUCCAGUUGUUUCACACACCUGUCCAGCACUUUCUGAUUAUAGUCAUCCAGCAGACAGUGUGCAUUUACCUGAUGUGUAAUGAUUUUGAGUACUUUUCAAUGUGCUUAUUGGCUAUUUGGAUUUUUUUUUUGUGAGGGCACCUGUUGAAACAUUUCAUCCAUUUAUGAUUUCUUUUCUUUUUUUUUUUUUUUUUGAGACGGACUCUUGUGCCCAGGUUGGAGUGCAGUGGCGUGAUCUUGCUCACUGCAAUCUCCACUUCCUGGGUUCAAGUGAUUCUCCUGUCUCAGCCUCCUGAGUAGCUGGGAUUACAAGCGUGUGCCACCACACCUGGCUAAUUUUUGUAUUUUUUAGUAGAGACGGGGUUUCACCAUGUUGGCCAGGUUGGUCUUGAACUCCUGACCUCAGGUGAUCUGCCCACCUCGGCCUCCCAAAGUGCUGGGAUUAUAGGCGUGAGCCACCGCACCCAGACUUAUGGUUCCUUUCUUUAAAAAAAAAAAAUUGAAAGGUUUCCUUCUGGUUACUUGUCGUUUAUUGUAUGUAUGUAUAUCUAUAUCUAGGUACACAUGCAUAGAUAUGUAUAAACCAUGUAUCAUAUAUUACAUAUAUACAUAAAAUAUGUAUAUUAUAUAUGCAUACAUUACAGAUAACAUUUCCCAAUCUCUGUCUUGUCUUUUCACUCUUUAAAGGGAAUUUGUUGGUUUAAAUAAUUUAUUACUAAAAAGUCCUUGGGUAUAACGAGCUUCAGACAUGGCUAAAUCCUGGGGCUAAAAAAAUGUUAUCUAGUUGAAUUCUGUCUCCCUGUCUUGGCUGUGCAUCCUCCUGCAUUAGCGUUUCUUCCAAGCAGGUUGUCUCUUCAUAGAUGGCCCCAGAAACUCUGGCUACUUUCUUCCCAACUUAAAGUCUCAGGGAGAAAAGAGUGAUUGUCUUUUUGAGCGGUUCCAAUAUGAUGAUCAGAAUUGAAUCUCAUUGGCUCUGAUUGGCUCACUUGCCCACUGUACUCUAGUCACUGGCCUGGGGAAUGUAAUACUCUCAUUUGUUUAGGGUUAGUGCCUGUUCUUAUCCAGAAACUGGAUUAGAGUCUGCACUGACUGAAUCAUAGAGUCCUGGCAGUUUUGGGGCAUAUAUGCAGAGGGGAGGAGGAAGGAGUGGGCAGGUAGGAUCUAAAAGCAGUGGUAAUAUUGUUAGCUGUUAUGCUGGUCUUAGCAGCAAGUGGGAACUGUGAAGUCUGGGAACUCAGCCAGGGUUAGGUAGUUCCUAGAUAGCAUUUUAGAAAGGUCAGGUGUCAUCCGUUAACAUAUGUUUAGAUUGCUAAAGAUUGCUGCUUGGCCAGGCACAGUGGCUCAUGCCUAUAAUCCCAGCACUUUGGGAGGCCGAGGUGGGCGGAUCACCUGAGGUCAGGAGUUUAAGCCCAGCCUGGCCAACAUGGUGAAACCCUGUCUGUACUAAAAAAAUUAGCCAGGCGUGGUGGCCUGUGCCUAUAAUCUCAGCUACUCAGGAGGCUGGGGCAGGAGAAUCACUUGAACCCGGGAGAUGGAGUUGCAGGUAGCCAAGAUUGUGCCAGUGCACUCCAGCCUGGGCAACAGAGUGAGACUCCGUGUCAAAAAAAAAAAGAUUGCUGCUUAAUCUUUAAUGAGCAUAAAGAUCAACUUGAGAUCUGACACCUGUUUAAGAAUUAUUUGCCUGGACCAAGAUAAUGAAUCUACUCUCCUAUGUUUCCUUCUAGAUUCUAUAUUGUUUUUUUUUGUAGGUCUGUGAUCUACUUUGAAUAAUUUUUUGUAGCGUGUGAGGUAGGAUCAAGGUGUGUGUAUAUAGAUUUAUCAGAGACCAUGGUUUCCUCUUUGCUGAGGUGAUCUCUGCCUCUUGGUUCAUUUGUCUUUUCUUGCAUCAAUACCAUACUAUCUUAAUUUAUGUUGCUUUGUAAUAUUUUUGGAAAUCUGGUAGUGAAAGUCUUACAACUUUUUUAUUCUUUAAGAUUGUCUUGCCUUCUCUGUUCCCCAUGUUUCCUAAAUUAAUUUUGGAAUCUCAGGAUUAAUUUUCACAAAUGAAUUUUUGGUACUAUGCCUGUAAUUGCAUUGGUUUUAUAAAAUAACCUGAGGAUAAUUGACAUCUUUACAAUAUCGAGUUUUCCAGUUGAUGAAUAUGGUAUAAUUGUCCAUUUACCUAGGUUGUCUUUAACUUUUCUCAAGAGUGUUUUAUAGUUUUCAUUGUAGAAAUCUUGAUUUGUUUAAUUUAUUUCUAGUAUAUUUUGCUUUGUAUUUUUAAUUUGUUUUUCAAUGUUUUUGGCUAGUACGUAGAAUUGCAAUAUCUUUUUGUAUAUUGACUUUAUAGCUGGUGACAUUUAUAAAUUCAAUUAUUUAUUCCAAUACUUUGUGGAUUUUGGAUUUUCUAUAUAUAUAUAAUCCUGUUAAUAUCAAUAAAAGAAAGUCUUACCUAACGUCUAAACUUUAUUUUUUGCUUAUUUUUCUUGCCUUAUUUCUUUAGAGUAAUGAAUAGAAAUGAAUGUGAAUAUCUUUGCCUUGUUUCUGAACUUAGGGAAAUGUGUUUAAUAUUUCACCAUUAAGUAUGAUACUACCUAGAAGUUUUUUAUAAAUAACCUUUAUCAAAUUAAGGGAAUUCUGUUUUAUUCUUGGAUUGUCAAGAUUGUUUUGUAAAAGUCAUGAAUGGACAUUAGAUUUUAUCUAGUGCCUUCUCUAGAUAAAGAGAGUCUUUAUCAGAGUCUUUAAGAAAUCCUUGUCAAUCCUGAGAGGUCUGGAAAAAAAAUUCUUAAAUCUGUUAAUAAGGUGAAUUAUAUAUUCCUUGAUUUUCAUAUGGUAAAACAACAUCUAUUACUGGAAUAAACCACACUUGGAUAUGGUUUAUUAGCCUUUUCAUUUUUGCUAGAUUCAAUGUUACUUUAAAAAAAGUAUUUCUGUGUCUAUGUUAAUGAGAAGGUUGUCCUGUGAUUUCUUUUAUCAUAAUAUACUUGUCUGUUUUGUAUCAGGUUUAUAUUGUCUUAUAAAAGUUGAAAACUAUUCUGAAAGGUGGUAUAAAAUCGCAGCUCACUGCAGCCUCGACCUCCUGGACUCAAGUGACCCUCUUGCCUCAGCCUCCUGAAUAGCUGUGACUACAGGCACACACCACCAUACCCAGCUAUUUUUUUUUUUUUUUUUUUUGGAGAGAUGGGGUUUCACCAUGUUGCCCAGGCUAGUCUUGAGCUCCUAGGCUCAAGUGAUCUGCCCACCUUGGCCUCUCAAAAUACUAGGUUUACAGAUGUAAGCCACCAUGCCUGGCUGUGACCUUUCUUUCAAUAGGUCCUUUUUUUCUUUCUCCUUCAGAAGGUGGUUUCAUCCCAUGGUCCAAGUACUUUGACUUUCACUACCACAUUCUAGAAAAUUAAUGCCCCCAUUUCCUCACUCCUUGUAUAUCAUGCCCUUUGCUAUGUGACUUGUUUUGGGCAAUGGAACGUUAAGCAGUAAAAUAUGAGCAGAGGCUUUAAA